CAACACACAAUCAAAGGACUGUCCAAAGCUUCACCAUGAAGGCUUUAGCUGCUUUAUGUGUAACUAUUUGCCUUUUUUAUCAGGCUAAUGGAAAGAGCAUAACAGACCACAUGCGAGGGCCCAGACGGGAGGUGCGGGAAAUUAAUCAUCCUGCAUCAAUCGACUGCAAAAUGAGUGCCUGGUCCCUGUGGACAUCCUGUGACCCGUGCACUAAUACCACGCAUCGCUCUAGGGGCAUUGAGGUCUUUGGGCAGUUUAAAGGCUCUAGGUGCAUAUACCCAAUUGGAGAACGGAGACCCUGUAAACCUUCUACCAAAUGUCAGAUGGACCCUCCACCCGUCUGCAAAAGCUCUCAAUGGCAGUGCGCUUCAGGAAUAUGUAUAAACAAAAAUCUCAAGUGUAAUGGGGAUAACGACUGUGGAGAGACAGAUACGUCUGAUGAAGACGAGUGUGACGUCAUCAGGACACCUUGCGGCAGGACAGCCGUAUUUGAGUCUGACAUAGCCAUCCAAGCUGGAUACGGAAUAAAUAUUCUGGGAUCUGGACCUCGGAUGAAUCCCUUUAAUAACAGAUUAUAUAAUGGCCUAUGUAACCGGAUCAGAGAUCCAUCUACAUUGGAAUAUAACAGACUACCCUGGAAUGUUGGAGUUCUCAACUAUGAGACAAAAGUGGAAGAGAGCAGCUCCAAAGAGAUGUACGAGGACGUUCACUCGUUAAUAAAAGAGAUAACUAGAGAAUCAUCCAGUUCUGUUGAAGUGGGCUUAAGCUUUAAGUUUUCACCUACUGAGCCCUCCAGUGCUGGUGCAGGCAGUGAUGCUGGCAGUGCUGGUGAGGGUGGAGAUGUUGCCAGCCCCGGUGAGGCUGGUGAAGCUGCUAGUCCCAGUGAGGAUGGUGAAGCCGAAGGUCCUGGUGUGGGCGGUGAUGCUGAAGGUCCUGGUGAUGGCGGUGAAGUCGAAGGUCCUGGUGAUGGCGGUGAUGCUACCAUGCCUGGUGGGGGCCAAAAUGCUGGUCCUGGCAUGGGUUUUAGUGCAUCAGCAGGAAUUGACACUAAGCAAGAAAAAAAAAAUAUCAUCAAACAGCUGUCAGAAAUAACAUCGACCAAGAGAAAGACCUUCAUGAGAGUGAAAGGCAGAGUGGAGCUGGCCACCUACAGGAUGAGACAGCGAGGGCUGGAGGUAUCCUCAACGUUCUUGGAUGAUGUGGAUGGCCUGCCACUUACAUAUGAGAAGGGACAGUAUUUUGCCUUCUUGGAGGACUAUGGAACACACUUCACCAAGAACGGAAAGUCCGGUGGAGAAUAUGAGCUUGUUUACAUAAUGAAUGAGGAUAUCCUCAAACUAAAAGAGGUCACUGAAUCCACGGUCAAGGACUGUUUCGAAGUUGGAAUUAGAGCCAAUGUACAGCUUUCCCAAUUAGGAGAGGGAGGAGGACACAUUAAACCAGUAAACAAGUGUGAUACUCUAACAGACAAACCCACAGAUGACAAGAACAAAAGGGGGGUUAUUGAUAAGGUGCUGAUCGUAGUGAGAGGGGGCAGUCCAGCGUCAGCAGUAGCCAUGAAGUCUCAACUCACUAAAGAUGGCAUUCUAGACUAUAGUCAAUAUGUGGAAUGGGCAAAGACCGUCUCUGCUCUACCUGCUCUCAUUCACAGUGACCCUGAACCCAUCUACAAUGCGAUCCCUUUGGACUUUCCUGAUGCUCAGCCGAGGCGGGACAAUCUCAGAAGAGCCCUUGAUGACUACAUGGCCGAGUACAGCGUGUGUAAGUGCCAGCCGUGCCAGAAUGGUGGCACUGUGAUCCAGAUAGACGGGGAGUGUAAAUGCAUGUGCUCACCAGGGACUGAAGGUGUCGCGUGUCAGAUCGUUGACAUGGAAAUGGUGAAAGGAAAGUCUUUUGAACACCUGGGGAACUGGGGCUGCUGGUCUUCCUGGUCCCACUGCUCCGGAGGGCGUCGCAAACGGACCCGCACCUGCAAUACUCGAGGUGUACCAACCGGAAUCUGCAGAGGAGAUACAACCAGUGAAGACUACUGCUAAGAAUCACAGAGUCACAAAUAAUCACGGAAUAUUAAAAAUGCUGUGUACCAAAUAAGAAAAUAAACUGGUUUGAUUACAUGUACUUUUAGAUAUUACUCUCAUUAUGGCAUUGAAACACGCAUUUUUGACAACA